AUGGAUCACUCACUGGAAAACCACGCUUCGUAUAUUGGCCGCCCGGCUAGCGAGCUGCCCACGCCGGCUCUGGUGCUGAGCAAGCCUGUUCUGGAACGCAAUACUCGGGCUCUUCUUGAGGAUGUGCAGAAGUUGGGAAUUGAGUUUCGGCCUCAUGUCAAGACAUUGAAGUGUACUGAAGUUACCCGUAUGAUGCUGGGUGACGGCGUCCACCGACGAAUCGUCGCGUCGACUCUAGCCGAGAUCCGGGGAAGUUUGGAUCUUGUGAAAGAGGGAAAGCUAGACGAGUGUCUCUACGGUCUCCCCGUCUCCGCCAGCGCCUUGCCAUUCUUAGAGACAUUAACCAAAUCACUGAGAAUCAUUCUUAUGGUCGACAGCGAGCAGCAGAUCGAUCUGCUAGAAUCCUACGCCUCAAAAUCAACCACCGCCGUAGCCCCCUGGCCCGUCUUCAUCAAAAUCGACGUCGGCUCCAAGCGAGCAGGAUUGCUCACCGAGUCCCCCUCUCUCCCCAAGUUAAUCCAUCGCAUUGAAGCAUCCUCCGCAGCCAGCGUCUACGGCUUCUACUGCCACGCCGGCCAUUCCUACGCAUGCCGCACAGAAGACGCCGCGGCGGCAGUCCUCCAAACCGAAGUCGAGGGCGUGGUGGCCGCAGCCAAAUUCCUAAUCACCGACUCCGACAGAAAGAUCGUAGUCUCUGUGGGCUCAACUCCCACUGCACACGUGGUGAAGAGACUUCAAGGCACCUUGCCAGUGGGUAUGGAGCUCGAGCUGCACGCGGGAAACUACCCGUCAAACGACUUGCAGCAAGUCGCGACAUCGCUGGUUGAGCCGUCACAGCAGGCCGUGCGUAUCUUGGCCGAUGUAUGCAGCGUGUACCCGGAGCGCAACGAGGCGCUGAUCAAUGCGGGCACUGUUGCGUUGUCUAAGGAGACGAGCGAGUUCCCUGGGUUUGCAAUUGUUGUUGAUCGACCGCAGUGGAGUGUUGUACGGAUGGCGCAGGAGCAUGGGAUUCUGGGGUGGGUGGAGUCUGAGCAAACGACGAGGCUUGUUGGGAUUGCUGGGUCGAAGGCUGCUGAGGGGGAGACGAUUGAGGGGGCUUUUAGGGUUGGCGAUAAGGUGAUGCUUUACAUUCAGCAUGCUUGUAUUACGGCUGCUAUGCAUUUUGCUUAUUAUGUUGUUGAUGAGCAGGAUGUUGUGCGAGAGACUUGGGUUCCUUGGAAGGGGUGGUGA